AUGGUUAGGUCAUUUGAGCCCUGGUUUGAGCAUCUUCUCCGCAACAAAGCUAUUCGCACCUUUCUGCAAAAUUAUGCCGAACAGGACUGGCAGGAGGUCUCCAAGCUUACGUUGCUCUAUGGGGUUUUGCAGCUUGGCUGUCUUGAUGGAAAGGCAAUCAUCCCGCUCGAGGAAUUACGGGGCCUAGUCGCAAAUGGAGCGAAGGCGGUUACUGUCAAGAGGGCUAUCCCUGGCAUCAAUGCAGCAGACGCGCCAGCGCCUUCUUCAAGUCAGGGCAUUGAUCAGCAGAGAGCCGAUUUAGCUGCGGCAAACGUUGCCCUGCGGCACGCCGAGAAAUGGCUCCAGUACAAAGGCCAAGGUCUGGCUAUCGACCCCCAGGACAUGCCCGCCAAGCUCCUGGACCGCGCCGCUGCAGCCGGAUUGGCGCAGCGGGGCCUGAGUCCUAGCGGGCGGCCUGCCUCGGAGUGGCGCACUGGGGACAUCGGGCACACCUACUCCCCCCCGGGCAAGAAGCGCAGCCCGAUGCUGCCAGGCGACGGGCGGCAUGGUCCCGAAUAUCCCUCCUGGUGGGGUGAUGGAGAGGAGUGGCGCAGCAGCAGUAACGGAAGUGGCAGCGGUGGCGGAGGUGCGCGCUCCCGGUCUGCUCCGCGCCCCGACCGGCGGCCCCCACGUCUGGCCUACUCGGUGCAACCGGACCCGCAGGCGUUCCUAGGGCAGCCCAUUUGGAAAAACGACCUGGUGACAUCUCGCUACGUGGACGUGCCCAGCAGCGGAUACGGCCACGCUGCGUCUCCGACACGCGCGCAGCAACUGCCGCCGCCGCCACAGCAGCAGCAGCAGCAGCAGUACAUGCCGCCACCGCCAUUCGCGACGCCGCCCCUCCACGGCGGCCCCGCACCAGAGCCGUACCCGAUCGGCAGCGGGCCGACGGCACACCCUGGCGUGCUGGGGCCUUUCCAGGCGCCGUACGGGGUCGCUGACCCAUACGGCAACGGUAGUACAGGGCCGCAGCUGUACGUGGUACAGCCUACCGGGCCUAUCGCCGCCCCGGCAAGUGCGUCUGGAGCAGCGGCGGUAGCGUCCCCAUGGGGCUCCCCACCGCCGCCGCCGCAGCCCCACACGAAGCAGCAGCAGGCGGCUUCUCAGAGGCCGCAAUUAAAGCAUCAACAGCAACCCGGCAACGAUGCCAGCCGGCCUGCUUGGAAGCCCAUCCGCACCGCCAAGGUCACUUCACGCAUCCGGGAGCAAGUCCAAGCGGACAGGGCGGCAGCGCGAGCCCGCCGAGAGGCUAGGCAGCGCGCUGCCGAGGCCGCGGUGGCUUUCCCGCGGCCCCGGGGGACCCCGCAACAGCACCAGCAGCAGGAGAACUCCGCCUCCUCCUGGUCGCACGGCGCCUCCCCGAAGUCCCCCUCCCGGCCCUCGGAGAUAGCCGACAGCCUGGAGUCAAACCCCUUCACUGCCUGGUUCAUCACGCCACCUCAGCAACAACAGCGCCCACAGCAGCAGCUCCACAACCACCACCACCAACAACAACAACAGCAGGAGCCAAAUUCUCCGUCGCACGCGUCGCAGCAAGACCCGAUGUCACAGCGCCCAGCGACACCCAGACAGCAGCAGCAGCAACAGCAGCAACAACAACAGCAGCCUCACCAGCAGCAGCAACAGCAGCAGCAGCAACAGCAGCAGCCGUGGGCGGAGCCGCAACCGGCGCCAGGUCCUUACCAGCGGGGCUCAGAGCAGUCCGCGCCACCAGCCGCCGCCUCGCCCCGAGGUAGGGAGGGAGCAGCAGCGUCAGCUCGGAACUCCUGGCCGGCGAUGCCGCACCACGGACCGCCACCGCCACCAGCGGCGGCACACCCGCCAGCGGACGCGUCGCUGCUCACCUUGUAUCCGCGCGUCCCCAACGCAGCCACCGAGCUCGCUGCGGUGCAGGGCCAGGCUCAGGCGCCGCGCAGCGGCGGCCCUUACCCUGUCGUCAGCCCUGCGGGGCUGACGUCCACGGUACCGCAGCAGCCGCACGACCCGUACAGCGGCCGUCAGUACGGAGAUGAAGGAUUGUUCCAAACGCGGCGUGUGGCGUGGGCGGACAGCCAGCAAGCGCAGCCUCCGAACGCCCCGGCCUGGCUUUCGGGGCCCACCGUAUGGGAGGGACGCUGGCCACACUUUUCCGCGUCAACAUACCAGCUACCCCAGCACCACCAACAGCAGUUGACGCAGCCAGCAUCGGGGCAGCACUGGCUGGCGCAGCCAUCCGGAUGGGCGACUGGAUCACCCACUGGCAGUACCACAGUUGCAGGAACAUUGGGCAGCAGCUGGGGCGGCCGGACAGGGUGGCUGGGAAUGAGUCCAAGCUCGGGGCCGAGGGGGCCGGCGGGCCCGAUGCCGGUCGCAUCAUCGCAGCAGCCACGCCCCAGCCCGCGAGCCGAGGCGCUCAAGGCGGUGCGACCCGAGGUGGUGAAGUGGUCCAAAUCCUGGGUGGGAGACUUCGGACAUCUGGACGGCAAGAGGUUCCCUCCACCCGAGCCAACAAAGGAAGACGCCUUGCGGCGGUCCGCAGGGGGCAGUCAUUGCGUCGGCGGCGGCAGCGGCAAUGGCGUGGGCAGCGGCGGAGUCAGCGGCGGCAGCGGCAUUGGUGGCAGCAGUGGCGCUGGCGGCAGCAGUGACAAUAGCCACUUGAGCGGCGGCGCCGGCGGUAGAGGCGGCAGCGGCAACGGCGGUGUUGCUCUUCCGGAUCAUCCACAGCGGCCGCCAACUCCAGAGCAUUUACAGGGCUUGGCGCCAGCUUUCGCCGCAGCGGAUGCCCUGCUGGCGGCGUUCCGGGACGGUCGCGUCGGCACAGGGCUGCACGGCAGUGACGGCGGCGGUGGCGCGGUACAAUCUUCCCGCAGGGACUAUUCUGAGGGUGGUCUGGCGGCGGCGGCGCCGUCGUCAACGUUACCGAGUGACGGGGGAAUCGAGCUGGGACCCCGUUACCUUAGUAAAGCUUCUGGACUGAGCAGAUCAGGUAGCGAGCUUGGGGCCGGUGCGGGGCGCGAGGCAGCUACGUCCGCGGGGCAGGAGCAGGCGUGGAGCCGUGUUAUGGGACAGGUUUCCCAACUAGGGAGCAACGCGCCAGGGGUUGGUGUUGGCAGCAGCAUGUGGUGGAGUGCGAACGAGGACGAUGGGACAGGGCAGCACCAGCAGCAAAAGACAGGGCCGGCGGUUUCUUUGAACACUGGGGGAGUGAAGUGGGACUUUGACAAGAUUGUUGGCAGUCCCAGGGGGUUGACCGAACUGUAA